UUCUUAAUACCAUAUCAUGAGGAGAAGACCAGAGGGUUGACUUCAUAAUAGUUCUGAUUGCUUAAAUUAUCUUGUAGUUUCAAAGAUUUAAAAUCUCUUGUGUUUGAGUGUUUCCCUGCUGAGUUGUACCUGGAAUAUUUUCUGGAUUCCUUUUCUAGCUUUCUCUUCUUUUCUGUAGAACUGGCAGCGAUUUUAGUGAAAGUAUUUUUGUUUGUUUCACGGAUUUUACCUAAACAGUUUUUGUAUCAAGUUGGUGUCUUGAGGUAACUUUUGUAUCACAGGAAACUAUGAGUUCCUUAGUCAUAAAUGCAAUGGGAGACUCCAGUAAUGCAGGAUUUGAUAUAAUCCAAAACCACAUUGAAUCCCUGAGUGGCAAGAUGGACAAACUCAUCAACAUUCAAGAAAAGGUCCUCAGUCGACUGGAUGGGAUGUCACAAGAAAUUGAUGAUAUUGAGCAGGAUAUGGAGCAAAUCAAGGUGGACAAGGAGGAGAUCCAUCUCUCCCCAAGGGUGGUGAACCAGACCCAGGUGAUGGGGCGGGAGGUGCGGCAGAUCUGCCAGGAGAUGAGCACCAUUAUGUCUGUAGUCAACCAGCGGUCUGAGCAGCAGGCCCAAAAGCUAGAAGGAAUGGAGAAGCUGGUCCUUAGCAUGCAACAGGUCAUCAGCUUCAUUGGUGAGACGGUGAAGUGUUCAAAGGUGAUGGAGAUGAUGUUCAAAGGUCCAGCAACUCGGAAAACCUCCAGGAACAAAGACAGUAAAGGGAAGCAAGCAACCAAAAGGAAAGCAUCCACAGAGACGGUUACAAAGAAGCCUGACAAGGGGAAAGAUUACAAGAGCAAAGAUGGGGCAGAAAAACCAUGUUUGGGCCAGAAGAGCCUCAAAGCUCAAAAGAAGAUGAAGCCGCCAGAUGCAGCAGGUAAUAUUUCACCAAAGAAGCAGGCUUUGCUUCUUGAAGAAGUGCAGAAAUUAAACAAAGAGAACACAGAAAAAAUGGGUCAGUUGUUUCUGCAGCUGGAUCUGGAGUCUGGGGUGACCCCUAAAGACGAGCAACCACAGGCCCCCGCUUGCAACCUGGUGGACUAUGUGCAUGAAGAUUCCCAAGCUACUGUGGCUGAGGAACGUGAGGCUAAAGGUGUUACUGAGGAGCAAAUAGAGGAAGAGGAAACUAAGGAAAAAGCAGUGCCAGUGGAUGAUGUAGUGCAAAAGAAAGCAGAAGAAGAAAAGCCUGAAGUUCCCAAGGAACAACAGAAAGAAAAUAUUUCUGCUUCUGAAGAGCAAAUAGAAGUCUCCGAGAUGCCCUCUUCCGAUGUAGAUAAAAAAGAAGAGAUUGCUACCAGCGAUGACCUCAAAGAAGCAACACCAUGCACAGAGACUGAGCAGGACCAGAUCACUGAGACAGAACAAGACAAGAAGGAGGAAAGAGAAGAAACGCAGAAAGAGGAUAAUGAUGAGAGCUCUGAGCAUGAAGACUGGGCUAGCUUCACGGCAGAUGGGAUUCAAAUCCAGUUCAACCUUAAAGAAAAGUUGGAGAAGGGGAAACUGGAGAAUGCUGAUGAAAAAACGACAGAUGACGAUCAAAGUGAGCGGUUCUUCAUCGAUACCACUCCUCCUCCUGCAGCUCCUUUUAAUCAUCGCAUUGUGUCUGCUAAGCCAAACCAGAUCAGAAACUUUUACACAAUCAACUGGCAAGAGGUCCUAGGCGGGGGCCGGUUCGGUCAGGUGCACAAAUGUGUAGAAAACUCCUCAGGUCUCACUUUGGCAGCAAAAGUCAUUAAAGCUCGAAGCCAGAAAGAAAAGGACGUGGUGAAGAAUGAGAUCCAGGUCAUGAAUAAUCUGGACCAUGCCAACCUGAUCCAGCUCUAUGCAGCUUAUGAGUCAAGGAAUGACAUCAUCCUUGUACUUGAAUAUGUUGGUGGAGGAGAACUCUUUGACAGGAUUAUUGAUGAAAACUACACUUUGAUGGAGUUGGAUGCUGUGGUGUUCAUCCGACAGAUCUGCGAGGGCCUUCAGCAUAUGCACAAAAUGUCGAUACUGCAUCUAGAUUUAAAGCCAGAAAACAUUUUGUGUGUGAGCAGAGUGACCAACAAGAUUAAGAUAAUUGAUUUUGGCCUCGCUAGGAUAUAUAAACCACGGGAGAAAUUAAAGGUGAAUUUUGGAACUCCAGAGUUUCUAGCUCCUGAGGUCGUCAACUACGAUUUUGUGUCGUUCAACACAGACAUGUGGAGCCUUGGUGUCAUAACUUACAUGCUCCUGAGCGGUUUGUGUCCCUUCCUUGGCGAUGAUGACAAUCAGACUUUAAACAACAUCUUGGCUGGUCGGUGGAACUUUGAGGAACAGGAGUUUGCAGAUACUUCAGUGGAAGCAAAAGACUUUAUCACUAGGCUCCUUGUUAUAAAUAAAACCUGGAGGAUGGGAGCCUGUGAGGCAUUAAGGCAUCCAUGGCUAUCCGACUCUGUUCUACAUCAUCGUCUUUUUACAAAGAAAAAUAUGUGCAGAUCACGCAGAUCAUCAUGCGUACCCCUGAUUGAUAUAUAAGAUCUGGACAAGAACGAGAUGGCUCCUGAUGUGGCAACUUGGACCAACCCUUUUUGUCAGUGAAAUCUUCUAGACUUCUCCAAAUCCAACUGAAGCACCUGAGAUGUGGAUUGAUUUUCAGGUUACGUGUGAUCCCGUAUGUUCUAAGAAUGUGAAAUGUACUCUCACCUGGUUUAGUUUCUUCACAUUACUAAUUUGUAAAGCCACGCAUUAUCCUUUCUUGUUUAUUCAAAUAGAUAUUUGUGGAAACACUCCCGUCAUGCAGCUUUUGUAAAGUCCAUAACGUUUAUUCAUUUCUAAAAUGUUGUCAGGGAUCUGCCAUAGGGAUGUACUUUAUGAAUUUUACUAGUUUCUGUCCUUAUUUUAGUAUCUAAAAAAUGGUGCUAUAAGUAUCUGAUGAACCAUUAUGUAUUAUAUACUUGAGGCUGAUUUGCGUGCCAUCUUUGCUUUCAUUAGAAGUGCAUGACUGGCUUGAGGCUUCACUUUCAAAUACUACUUACUUUGGUUUAUAUCUAGCUAAAAUGUGGCAAAAAUGUUUUGUGUGGCUUUCUUUUUUUUGCAAAAGACUUAGACAUGCUAAGAAAAGGUCUAUUGCUGUUACUGCAUAACAGUGCACAUCUAUUUUUAACUCCUUUGUCAACAUAGCAACCCUAAAAGUAUGUCUGAGAAAAGCACAUCUUUUGUUGCUAUAGCAUAAUUUCACAUGACAAAUAUUAGGAAAAUCUGACCUGUAAUCAAAGUACAUCUUGUGGAUGUAACCAAAUUGUUACUGUACAACUUACACUUGAGUAUAUUGAUAUUUAUACACUGAUAUAUUUUUUUAGGUUGAUCACAGCAUAGAAGAGACUUUAAAUAGUAAUCCAAAACAUCAUGUUUCCUGUGGUUUGGAUGUAAUGUGACAAAGUGAGGGAUCUCUCUUGUUGCUACUCAUCAAAAUUCGAAAGAACAUACCAUUGAAGUAAGGCAGAUGUAUGUUGGUCAUAUUAAACCUUUUAGAACAAUCUAGCCUUUUCUAUGAAUAUAGUUGUUCAAUGGGAAAAAAUACAUAAAAAAGGACUUAAGCACAACCACUAAUGCAAUAUUCAUUAAUAUUUUCAACAAUUCAAAGAAAUAAAAGGUAACUAAAGUAUUUCUCAAAAUUUUAUCCUGCCCUUUUCCAAUCAAGUGAUGAAGGACUUGAUGGACAUUUUAAAUAAGGAAUCCCUGACUUCAUCUUUCCCAAACGAUAUAUGCAACAAGGAGGUGCUUUUUUUCUGAGCCACUAUUCAAAAUAGACAAGACAAGUGAGCAUUCCAUUUACGUAAAGCCAAUGUGUGUCGAUCUUCAUAAAUCAGGACACGACAAAAGAAAAGCUCAAAUAGUUUACUGUGAGACUACGAUAUAGCAUUAAAAGAUAGUUUUUACUUUGAGGCUUUCUUUUUACAAACCUUAAAUGUGUAGUGUGCUGUGUAUAAAAGUAAUAACUGUAAACUUACCUAAAUCAUAAAUAUUCCUUUUAGUCUGUAGAUAUGAUUUUAGAAUAAAAGAAUGUGGCCCUUAAAUUAAAAAUGUACUGAUUGUGGUGAUAUUUGUAUGUCUGCUGUCAGAAUAUGUAGUACCUGCACUUUAUAAUAUUAUUUAUUUAAACGAUAAUUCACCAAUCUUGUUUGGUGGACAGAUUGUAUGGUCAAGUCUCUUCAUGUCUUCCAUGUCUGAUUUCUGAACAAACAUGUAACUUUAGAAAACGUACUUCAGCAAACACAGUUUAUGUCUUACCACCUUAAUUUACUAGUUUAGUUUUUAUUGCAUGACUAGCUUUGUGUUUUGCCCACUUUUAAAGUCUAAAUGUGACUCACACAGUCAAUUAUUUUUUUUUUUACUUUUAUUUUUUAACAGUACUAUCUGGCUAGCCUGCCUCUGGAGUCUUUUUGGUUGCACCAAUGCUUUUGUAGAUUUAUGUAUGAAAACCCCCCAAAACAUUCGAAAUGCCUUCUGUGAAGGCUCACAAACUAAAAAUAAUCCACUACUCAUUCAUAGAACAUUUAUGUAGUUUUAGUUUACCUUGAUGAAUGUUUUAAUUAUUGUCAGAGCGCUAUUUGCUUGUAAAUUAAAGGUGUCGUCACUGAGUGUUAACAAAGUCAGCAUGUAAUUGUAAGUGUGCACAAUCCCAUUAAACAAACCAUUUUAAACAGUU